AUGCCGCUCAUAUCCCCACGCUUCCCCGCGGUGUUAUCACGCAAAACAAACUCCGCCGAAGAGGCCGAUCACGAGCUUUUUUCGGCGUUCGCCCACGACGUGGCCCAAUGCGUGGAAGCCGUUGAGUUUCUCGCAGCGCAAAACGACCGGAUCCUGGCGAAAUACUGGCCUGCGCUCUGCCAAGAUAACGCUGCCGUGGCCAUGCUGUUCGGAGAUCUUGUGGGCGAACAUUCGCUCGAGUUCAAAGGCAUGGACACACUCUACGCGUCAUACGAGGUGGCAGCAUACAGCAAAAUGGCGGCGGUGCUCGAGGAUGAGGCACGGGCACUCUGGGAGCCGUUUGUGCGGCUGUCAACGUCGAAAAUCCAUACUCUUCUCGUGCACUUGAAGCAUAUCCAAGGCAGACUCAAGCUCUGCGACUCGCUCCACGCAAAGUGCGUGGCGCUGGAGAAACUGGUGCUGAAACUCGAGAAGAAGCUUCUGGCCGACUCGGACGGUACCAAGGUCAACGACACUCAGAUCGCCGACGCUCGGGCGGCCCUGGCGCUGGCCUCAGCACGGUACGCGGCGCUCAAUGCGAAGUUGAGGGCCACGCUCCCGGAAUCCAUGCUUUUGAUCGAGGAGUUCGUGUCCACGCUUGUGAACUGGACGCUUUGCCGCCACCGCGAAGUGGCGCAAAACUUUGCCCGCAAGUCACAUGCCUUGUGCCAGUUCUACGGGCUCCUCGACCGUCAGACCAACACGACGAUGCAAAUCCCGGUGUCCAUAGUAGAACAGUGGGAGGCUGAGGCUACACCCACGCGGCUCCGGAUUGAAUCGCUUCUUCUGGCAGUUCACAGCAAAAACCCGGAGCUCUUGAAUGAGGAAAUUCAGGGCAAAGAUUCCUCGCUGAGGAUCACCAAGACAUGGCUGAAGAUCACACUGAAGGUGAAAGACAAGCACCACCAAGUCAAGCCGGCUGAUCGUGCUGCAGGGAUCUUCCAUGUCCACCAGACGGCUGACCCGCUUCGCUCAUACAUACAGUUCCGGCGCAAGGACGCCGCCCUGCUGAAAGCAUACCCUGUUUCCGACUCUGCACAGAAAAGUCUUCCUCAAACCCCUGUCUUGUGUAAAACGCCUCCGCCAUUGCCUCCGAGAGAUGAGACGGGACUUGUUCGCAUCAAACCACCGCCAAUUGUUCACACGAGAGAAUCACCCAGCUCUCCAUCAAAUGCCGCCGAUACAUUGUCUCCGCUCAUUUCGACUUCGUUCACGUUUGACGAGGAAGACACUAGAAUGUCACUGGUGGGUAUUCUGACAACAGAGAACCUGUACUCGGAUAUAGUCACGGAGAAACUUAUCAAGUUAUACAAUGCGCAGAGAAAUGAGAUCACUGAAGCUCCCAUCUCGCCUCGAGCAAGCAUGCUCGCUGUGGAUACUUGGGAUUAUGCUCUGGCGGACCAGGCAGAUGUGAAUGACUCUGAAACAAUGAAGUUGAUCAAGAUUCAACGUUUCUACGAUACUAUCAUGGCCUGUCAUCUUCCUGUGCAAGUAGUGACAGCCGAGGAGUCAUAUGCUGGAGAAGAACCUGGAGAUCUUUCUUUCGAAGCUGGUGAAAAAGUCGAGGUCCUUUUCGAUCUCCAGCUGAAUAUCAUGACUUACAAUAAGGGCGGAGAUAAUUGGGUCUUGGGUGCUGUUCCCUCCUCCACGGAUGGUGGUGCGAGAAUGGGCUUUGCUCCUAAAACGUAUUUUUGA